CUAUUCGACAUUCAUUCGGCGUUAAUCAGCGAAGCAGUGCAGACGUGAAAGUGGUGUGGAAAGAAAGUUUUGAAAUUUUUAAAAAAAAAAUUUAACUGUACAACAAUUCUACAUAAAGUGACUGUGACUAGAUUUGUGUUUUAUUUAUCAUAAAAUACAAAUUUCUAACAAAACCCUAUUUUAAAUUUUUUUAAACAAGUUUUCAAAAACCAAACUUCAACAAAAUGGCCGAUGUUGCUGUAGAAAAGAACGAAACUCCCGUUGUUGAGAAAGUAGCAGCUGAAGAAGUCGAUGCCGGCAAAGUAGCUGACAAAGAGGUCGCUGCUGACAAAACAGAUGCUGCCGACAAAAAAGAAGCUGCUGCUGCCGACAAAAAAGAGGGUGAGGAGGCAACCACCACUGAAAAUGGUGAAGCAGCUGAAAGCACAAGCGAAAAAGCCAAGGAGAAUGGUGAUAGCGAAGCUGCUGCCACUGAAACUGACGGUGCUGCUGCCGCUGAAGCCGAAAAAACCCCUGCUGCCGCUACUGAAGAAUCUGCGCCAGCCGCAGCUGAAGAAAAAGAGAAUGGUGUAGAAGAAACUGCCGAAGCUAAUGGUGAUUCUACAGAUUCUGCUCCCGCUGAAGCCGUCAAAAGGAAAGUCACCGAAGGCGAUGCCAAAACAGACGACGCUGCCGAAGUGACACCCGAAAAGAAGGCCAAGUUAGAUGAAACCUCAAAAGAGGAUGUUCAGAAUGGUGCGGAGGCUUCUGAAGUAGCGGCUUAAUCUCUUCAUUAACCACACCCACACACACACACACAACAACCUACCCUCUACUAUAUAUAAUAUAUAUUAAAAAUUAACACACAAAACUAAUUCUAAUAAUUUACUUACAUUAACAUAAAAAAUGAAAAACUUAAAAAAUCCUACAAAAAAUCACAAAAAGCAAACAAAAGAAAAGGAAAAAACAAAAACCUCUGUAAACUACCUACAAAAACAAAACGCCAACAACAAACAAUUGAAUGAUGUGGUGAGAAAAAAAUUGACCACCCUGCCCCCUACCUACUUACUCCUGCUCCCCAAGAAACCACAAAUUUUAAGACAUUUCAAAAACAAUUUUAUAGACAUUUAAAACGCAAAUACAAAACCACUUUUAAAUAUAAAUUUUUUUAUAAGUAUAAAAUAUUUUUUUUUUCACAAACGGUCUCAGAACAUGUUCAAGAAAAGUUUUAACCAUUUUCAAAAACUAUUUCAAACGCAAAAGUAUUCAUGCGCAUCUCGCUCGAAACCUACAAUCAAAUAAAAAUUCACAUGCCAAACUCCAAUUCUUCCCAUUAUGAUAACACACACAUAUACAAAGUUUUGUCAUUUUGGAGAGGUUUGCGCCAAGCGGCGACUACUUUCUUUUGUGAUGAAAUAUGAUUUUAUUUUUGGUUGAAACGAACCUCGUUCCGUUCCACUCACCUUAAAACAAGAAUUGAUGUGCGCCUAAAUGUAUAAUUUUAAAUUUGUCCAACUCUUACCCCCUCGUCCAUAAGUAAGAAUUUCUCUUUUUAGUUUUCUUUCUAUGACAUUCUCAUGCAUAAAAUGUGUUUUCCUUUAUUUUAUUUUCUUUUUUUUGUAAUACACGUACUUUGAAAAAUUAUAGAAAAAUAUAAAAAAACACACAUCAUCAGUUGCAACAACUACAACAACAAGAAACACAACACUACCUAUACCAGACAAGAAGUAAAAGGCUAAAGUUGUAAAAAACCGUAAUAAGAAAAGUAUAUUUAAACAACAACAAAAACAUUCAAUAAAAAUACAUUCGAUUGAAAAAUAAAAAACAGAAAACAUUUGAAAAAAAAACACGGAAAA